CACCAGAGCAGUAUCAAUCAUGUUACGUACACGCAUUCCAAACAGUUAGAGAUUGUGAAACCUCUUGUUAACAAGAAGAACCAUGGACCCUCAUUCUAGUGGCCAGGAAGUGCCCCGAUGUGACCUUUGUGAGACCGCCAUAGUACAGAGCUACUGUGACUUUUGUCAUGCCAACCUCUGCAAGCCCUGCAUAGGAGAACACAUCUCAGAUGAAUACGACAAACAUAAAAUAGUCCCAUUCCAGGAAAGAAGGUCAACCCUCAUUUAUCCGAAAUGUGGAACACAUCAACACAAAACUUGUGAAUUGCAGUGCAAAGAUUGCAAUAUUUUUGUUUGUUCCUUAUGUACUGCAUUUAAACGGCACAAGGGACAUAACUUUGUAGACGUUACAGAAGCUUACAAGACACAGAAAGAAAUCAUUAAAAAGGACACACAAGAGUUGGAGAAUAAUAUUACCCCCACGUAUGAAGAAAUUGCAUUGGACUUGGAAAAUAAGCUUGCCAACCUGGAUGGAGGAUAUGAGAAACUUACAACAACAAUUUCCAAACAAGGAGAGCAAUGCCACAAAGAAAUAGACAUCAUCAUCAACAAAAUGAAAUCCGAAAUCGGCGAGAUAAAAGUAAAUCACAGAAACAUUUUAAAGAAACAUUUGGAUGAAAUCAAACAGAUACAGGCGCUCAUAACACAAACGUUUCUGGCUUUACGGAAAAUUGAGAAGUCCACUUAUAUAUCUCCUACCAUUGAAUACAGCUCUAAGAUCAUAGAGUUCCGAAAACUUCCUCCCACUAUUCAGGUAUCCCUUCCAACAUUUAUUCCAAAACCAAUAGAUCGUGAAAAGCUGUAUAGUUUGUUUGGGCAGAUCACCCCAUUAUCUACUGCUACAGAAGAAAGUGUCUUGUCACUAAGCCAACCUAACCCAUCUUUUAGAGAACUACUGGAUGAACCAAAGCUUGUCGCCGCAAUAAAGACUGAGCAUAAACAACUACGCGGUGUUUCUUGCCUUAAUGAGGACAUGAUAUGGACGAGUGGGCUGACCACGAAAGUCAAAUGUUUUAAUAUCAAAGGUGUGUUACUUCAGACAAUCAAUCAAAAUUCAGGAAUAUUUCCUAAUGAUAUAGCUCUAGACAGUGAUGGUGAUCUUUUGUACAUUAAUGGAGCAACACAGACAAUUAAUAAAGUAAAAAAUGGACAGACAGAAGUGUUUAUCAAUUUUCAUGGUUGGGUGCUAUUAAAGCUGUGUGUCACCUCUACUGAUGAUCUCUUGGUUACCAUGUUCAGUGCUACUAAAACUUCAUCCAAAGUUGUCCGUUACUCGGGAUCUACAAAGACACAAACAAUUCAAUAUGACAAAGAAGGUAAACCUCUGUACUCAGCGAAUUCCAAAAUUAAAUAUAUCACUGAGAACAGAAACCAUGACAUCUGUGUAGCUGACUGUUUGGCUUGUGCAGUAGUGGUGGUCAAUCAAUACGGGGGACUCAGAUGGAGAUACACCGGUCAUCCCUCAGCUACCAAGAACAAACAAUUUGAUCCAAAAGGUAUCACUACAGACAGUCAGAGGCAUAUCCUGGCAGCUGACUUUAACAACCAUUGUAUCCAUAUUCUGGAUCAAAAUGGAGAGUUUCUCCGUUACAUUGAUAACUGUGACCUGAAUUGUCCUUGGGGUGUAUGCGUAGACAAUAAUUACAAUUAUCUGUAUGUGUGUGAAUUUUUAAAAAGCAAUGUAAAACAAAUCAAGUAUUUAGGGUAGACAAUAUCCAUUCUUGAAAUAUGAUACACAAUAUGAUGUAAUAUGUGAUGUAAAGCAAACGAAAAUUGCCUUUUUCUGAUUACGUGAAUAUUGAAUUUCAUUAUUUGAAUUUCAAUCAAAAUGCAUUUAAAACUGACAAAUAGCAUGUUAUACAUCAGGAUAGAGGUGAAUGUAGAAUUCAAAAGAAUUAGAGUUUGUCUUUGAUUGCAACAGUUACUUUAAUAAAACUUUCAUUUUAGAUGUACAAUACUAGUAACACUAAACCUAAACUACGUGAUAUCCGAUGAUUUUCGCGAUAAUCUAAAAUUCGGUUUUUUAGCAAUCUUGUUCAAAUUGCAAAAUAUUCAGUAUUCAGAAAUCCUUGUAUUAUUUUCUAUAAGAACCUUAUAAAGUCGCAAAUGACUGACUGACGCAAAUGAAAAAUGCUACAUAUGUUCCCCAUUUUCGCAAAUUUUGUGACACGCUGAAAAAAAGUUAUACGGUAUGUGACUUUUUAUGUCAAUAACAGUUACACUUUGUUUCUAGAUAUUCAUGUCACAUAUUUUCUUUUAUCGUAUACUCAAAGAAAAUAUCGAAACGUUUCAUAUCCCUAGAGACCAGUUAUAUAACAUAUUAAACAGCCUUUUUCGGUAAUAUUCGAUUGUUAUUGCGCAUCCCUUUUUGAUAAUCAUCGACUUCAUGAAUGACGUUGAAUUCGAUGUGUUUUUUAUUUCCAUUUUUUCGGGGGGUUUUUUAAAAUGAUUUCAUCGAAGUCAACUUGGUAUAUAUACAACUGGCGCAAACUGACAAAAAAAUGUAAGAUACAAAUAUAUACAUGUAGACAGAGAGCGAUUUGUUGACAAUACCGGUAUCCAUUUAUCCCAUGAUGUAUUUUGUUUUUGUUUUUCUAUUUUCUUUAAGUAUAUGAUAUCAAAACCAUAACAUGGUAUUUUUAUAUCGCAUCCCAAAUUACCCCUCGAUCGCUGUAUAUCAGAGCGUGAAGGCUCUCGUGCUGAUUUACAGCGAUUUCGAGCAAAUAUAGAAAUGCUAAGUUAUAAUCUAAUAUGUACAUUUUUGAAAUGUGUUGUUUUUGUAUUGUAUAAUUGUAUAUAUGUCUACUAUCUUGUUUUAAAGCUUACAGAAAUUAA